GAAGACCAUGAUGGGUAGAAAACUGCCACGGUUGCCCUCGCACACAUCAGUCAUUGACUUUCACAACGAUGGCAGUUCAGUUCGAGCCCUUGAAGAAUGACUUGAUACUCAGGACCGCGAAAGGCGAGCGCGUGGAGCGGCCUCCCAUGUGGGUGAUGAGACAAGCCGGUCGGUAUCUUCCUGAAUACCAUGAGGCAAAAGGCAACCGUGACUUCUUUGAGUGCUGUCGGUCCCCAGAGAUUGCGUCAACCUUGACUCUACAACCUAUCGAGCGUUAUGCAGGCUUGGUAGAUGCUGCAAUCAUCUUCUCGGAUAUCCUCGUUAUACCGCAGGCUAUGGGAAUGGAGGUCGUCAUGGUAGAUAAGAAAGGACCUCACUUUCCUAAUCCAUUGAAGAGCCCGGAAGAUGGACAGUACGGCGAAGUCAUGGACCGCGACGUUGAUGUGAAGAAAGAGCUGGAUUAUGUGUAUAAGGCGAUCACCCUGACAAGACAGAAGCUCCAAGGUAGGGUGCCAUUGAUAGGGUUUUGUGGUGCACCUUGGACGCUCAUGAGCUACAUGAUUGAAGGAGGCGGGAGCAAGAUGUUCAUUCAGGUGAAGACCUGGAUAUACAAGUACCCGGAAGAAAGCAAGAGGCUCUUGGACAAGAUUGCACGACUGUGCGUAGAGUACUUGGCCGAGCAAGUCAUUGCAGGCGCUCAGAUGAUCCAAGUAUUUGACUCUUGGGCUGGCGAGCUUUCACCAUCGGCGUUCAAGACUUUCUCGAUGCCGUAUCUUACGUACAUCGCCGAUAAUUUGCCACCUCGUUUGAUUGAACUUGGUCAACCGGUCGUACCCAUGACUGUUUUUGCAAAAGGCGCAUGGUAUGCGUUAGAGGAUCUGUGCAAGACAAAUUACAACACGAUUGGUCUCGACUGGCUUCAUGCUCCUGCAGAGGCCUACCAGGUCGCUAAGAAGUACAAUAAGGUUCUUCAAGGUAAUGCAGACCCAGGUGUCCUCUACGGUGGCAAAGCUGCUAUCACCGCGGCAGUGGAAGAAAUGGUGCAUGGCUUCGAGGGCGGCAAACAAGGCUGGAUAGCAAAUUUGGGGCAUGGAAUCACACCCUUCGUCAAGCCCGAUGAUCUGCUACAUUAUUUUCAAGAGAUACAUAGGUUAUCUGGUUAGCCUUGAUUGUUAAGGGCUCUCGACAGACCCCUCUUUGCCAAUGUCUUCGUUCCUACCAGUUGUAAGUUCCAAGACAUAUGAGACGUGUGGAGCAGGUUUCUUACCACUCCUCAGGGUGCUCUUUGAUGAAUCUAGUCAUCAAGUCUUGACACUCCGAAUUCUGUAGAACGACUACUUCGCGGUUUCUGGCAUGGAGGUAUUGCUCGCCGCCAACGAAAGUUU